UUGCGGGCGUGGCUGGCCUGGGUUCCCGGAAGUAGUGUGUACGGGACUGUUCGGAACGGAAUCUGUGUCUGGCAGCAGGCAGUGGUGCUGCCUGUUCGGUGACUGCUAGGGUUGCUAGACGACGCAAACUAGCUCUCGUCACUUCCUCAGCCCGCCGUCUGUCCACUUCUCAGGCCGGAACAAGGGGACCAGGAGCCGGGAGAGCUCAGAGUUGUCCUGCUAAGUCCAGGACAGCGGGAAAGCCGAACGGCGGGAGUCGGGGGCCACACCACCUGCAGGAAAGAACCCCAGCCGCGGCGGGAAGAUGGCUGCAGACAAACCUGCAGAUCAGGGAGCAGAAAAACACGAAGGGACAGGUCAGCCCUCUGGGAUCACUGACCAGGAGAAGGAGCUGUCUGCCAGCGCUGCCCAAGCCUUCACAUCUGGAAAUUAUGAUGCCUGUCUACAACACCUUGCCUGUCUACAAGAUAUAAACAAAGAUGAUUAUAAAAUAAUUUUGAAUACAGCAGUAGCUGAGUUUUUUAAAAGUAACCAAACAACAACAGAUAAUUUGAGACAAACACUUAACCAGCUGAAGAAUCAGGUCCACUCAGCUAUUGAAGAAAUGGAUGGAUUAGAUGAUGUUGAAAACAGCAUGUUGUAUUAUAAUCAAGCAGUCAUUCUUUAUCAUCUGCGGCAGUAUACAGAAGCAAUAGCAGUUGGUGAAAAACUUUAUCAGUUCAUAGAACCUUUUGAAGAAAAAUUUGCCCAAGCGGUAUGUUUUUUGCUUGUAGACCUGUACAUCUUAACCUACCAAGCUGAGAAAGCUUUGCAUCUUCUUGCUGUCCUAGAAAAAAUGAUUUCUCAGGGUAGCAAUAACAAAAAUGGAAAGAACGAGACUGGUAAUAAUACCAACAAAGAUGGAUCUAAUCAUAAAGCUGAAAGUGGAGCUCUGAUAGAAGCUGCAAAAUCAAAGAUACAUCAGUACAAAGUAAGAGCUUAUAUCCAAAUGAAGUCCCUGAAAGCAUGCAAAAGGGAAAUCAAAUCAGUCAUGAACACAGCUGGAAAUUCUGCACCUUCUCUGUUUCUUAAAAGCAAUUUUGAGUACUUAAGGGGCAAUUAUCGAAAAGCUGUGAAGCUAUUAAAUAGUUCGAACAUUGCUGAGCAUCCAGGAUUCAUGAAAACAGGUGAAUGUUUGCGAUGCAUGUUCUGGAAUAACCUUGGUUGCAUCCAUUUUGCCAUGAGCAAGCACAAUUUGGGAAUUUUUUACUUUAAGAAGGCACUGCAAGAGAAUGACAACGUCUGUGCACAGCUCAGCGCCGGGAGCACUGACCCAGGCAAAAAAUUUUCAGGAAGACCCAUGUGUACUUUAUUAACCAACAAGAGGUAUGAGUUGCUGUAUAACUGUGGGAUUCAGCUUCUUCACAUCAGAAGGCCUCUUGCUGCCUUCGAGUGUCUGAUUGAAGCUGUUCAGGUUUAUCAUGCAAAUCCUCGCCUAUGGUUACGGCUGGCUGAAUGCUGCAUUGCUGCCAAUAAGGGGACUUCUGAACAAGAAACUAAAGGUCUUCCAAGUAAAAAGGGAAUCGUGCAGUCUAUCGUUGGUCAAGGCUAUCAUCGUAAAAUAGUUCUGGCAUCACAAUCCAUACAGAAUACAGUAUAUAAUGACGGGCAGUCUUCAGCCAUUCCUGUAGCCAGUAUGGAGUUUGCAGCCAUUUGUCUCAGAAAUGCCUUGUUGCUGUUAUCUGAAGAACAGCAAGAUCCAAAGCAGGAAAAUGGCUCUAAAAGCAACAGUCAGCUCGGAGGGAACCCAGAGAACAGCGAGAGCAGCGAAACUUGCAGCAGUAAAAGCCAUGAUGGAGAUAAAUUGAUUCCAGCUCCACCCUCUUCUCCAUUGAGAAAACAGGAACUAGAAAACUUGAAGUGCUCUAUACUGGCUUGCAGCGCAUAUGUGGCCCUCGCACUGGGUGAUAACCUGAUGGCUUUGAAUCACGCAGACAAACUUCUUCAGCAGCCCAAACUGUCAGGCUCUCUUAAGUUUCUGGGCUAUUUGUAUGCAGCAGAAGCCCUUAUCUCCCUGGACAGAAUAUCAGAUGCCAUUACUCACUUGAAUCCCGAGAAUGUCACCGAUGUCUCCUUAGGGAUCUCUUCCAACGAACAGGACCAAGGGUCAGACAAGGGUGAAAAUGAAGCAAUGGAAUCCUCUGGGAAACGUGCUCCCCAGUGUUACCCUAGCUCCGUCACCUCGGCCAGGACCGUGAUGCUGUUCAACCUCGCCAGUGCAUACUGCCUGCGGAGCGAGUAUGACAAAGCCCGGAAGUGUCUGCACCAGGCGGCUUCCAUGAUUCACCCAAAGGAGGUGCCCCCUGAGGCCAUCUUGUUGGCUGUCUACCUGGAACUGCAGAAUGGUAACACCCAGUUGGCCUUGCAGAUCAUCAAAAGGAAUCAACUGCUCCCAACAGUGAAAGCACACUCAGAAGUGAGGAAGAAGCCAGUGUUCCAGCCUGUCCACCCAGUCCAGCCCAUCCAGAUGCCAGCAUUCACCACUGUGCAGAGAAAGUGAUGCCCUACUUUUGGAAAACCAUUGCCUAAGACCCAGGGGCACUAUUUACUGACCUUGUUUGUUGUAUCACAGCAGAUGAAUAAAAGACAAGUGGUGAAGGGUA